CUCAAUCUUAUUUUACUUUGCCGUCCAAUUGACUCCAUAUCAUCCCAGGUGGGUUCUUUCUCCUAAAAUCGAGGUUUAUAUUUCUCAUUAAUCGGAGAUCCUAAAUGAAGGAACCAAAAUCGAGGAAAAAGCUCCAAAAAUGCGUAAUCCAAGCUGGCUAGCUGAACCUGACCUUUCUUGCUCCAGUAAUAUACACAACGAGGCCAUCCAUAUUACCGUAAAGGGAUGCAUAUGUGUACAUCAACAGGUUGCGGCCUACGUACACUUCCAGAAUCAUCGAUGGCCUCUCUCCCGUUUAACCCUAUCUGUGCGCACGAUUCUCCGGCCAUCACCGGUUAGUUUCUCCAUCGAUCCUGCUCUCUCAUCCGCCGGUUUCUUCGGUCUGCUGCGCAUCUCACGGCCGGUUGGUCCUCGCAUCUCACGACCGGUUUGUCCUCGCAUCUCACGGUCGAAUUUAGGUACUUGCAUGAGAGAAUGAAGGCUGAUGGAGGGGACAUGCCAGUCCAGUUUGGUACUUCUGCUGUCAUAGCAAUACCAAAGAGAGCAUCACACCAAGCUGUUACUAGGAGGUCCCAAUACAUAGCUGAUCUUUUGGAUAUUUCCUUGCUUGGACAAAUGACUUUAAUCCUCUAUAAUACCGGGAAUCAUUUGGUGUUGGUCGCCAUCGACAUGGCGGCUGAAACGAAUUACUACCUAGAUUCCUUGGGAGGAAUUCCAUCGAAGGAUUUGGAGGAAAUCGUGAAUCAAUUAAGUUACAUAGGCCCUUUAAAUAGGGGUGACGAUUAAUCAUGCCCAAAAAUCCAAGAAAAGGUUGAAUUUAAAAUGGGUGAGAGUGAUGUGCCCUAAGCAAACAGGAGGAGUUGAGUGUGGUUACUUUGUGAUGAAGUACAUGAAGGAUAUUGUAUCAGACGUGAAUCUUUUGAAACAGAAUUUCUCUACCGUCAAGGAGUAUACUGAAGAUGAUAUUUUACACGUGCAUGAGGAGUGGGCUUUGUAUGCUGCUACUUUGAUAAAAAAAAAUGUGCAAGCGGAUCCUACAAAGGCUUGAUGAUAUGCAAGGGGAGAUGCAUUUAGAUUAUGUUGUGUAUGUAGAAUGUAGAGGCAGGUCAAACUUUUGAUAACUAAACAUUGGUACCUGUUGGGAAUGUGACUUGUUUGUAUUUUAGCAUCUUCAAUGAUGCUUGGUAGUAGUUAUUUUGCUGAAUUCAAUAGCCGGUUUUUUGCGGGAAUGUUGUUGGAAUUUUGCUACAUCUUUUAUCCGGCGGUAGGAAAUGUAAUUGAACAAGAAUGUGAAAGUGUUACUUAAUAGGGAUUUUGGCAUGAAUAUUACUAAAAAAUAGACAAGGGACA